AAAGAGGCAGAAGAAAAGUCGACGGGGGAACUGCAUCCGUCGAUCGAGCGCUGUGAGGACGCGAAGGCCCGUCCUCCUUGGUUUUCGGUAAGGGGCGGACCUUGGAGUGAGUGCACCCAAUGGAGAUCAACGCUAUGGUGAUUGGCGGCGACGGGACCCAAUGGGCGCUGGUCCGUGGAAAGCGGGUGGCGGGCGGGGCGGAAGAGGCGGCUGGACUGGUGGUGAUGGGGCUGCUGACUAUUCUGAAGAAGAUGCGACAGAAGGAGCGGGAGCUGCGGCUCCUCAUGCUUGGCCUAGACAAUGCUGGCAAAACCACCAUUCUGAAGAAGUUCAAUGGGGAGGAUAUCGACACCAUCUCACCCACACUGGGCUUCAACAUCAAAACCCUGGAGCACCGAGGGUUCAAGCUGAACAUCUGGGACGUGGGCGGACAGACAUCCCUGCGCUCCUACUGGCGCAACUACUUUGAGAGCACAGAUGGUCUCAUCUGGGUGGUGGACAGCGCUGACCAGCAGCGCCUGCAGGUCUGCAAGCAGGAGUUGCAGAGCCUCCUGGUGGAAGAGCGCCUGGCCGGAGCCACUCUGCUCAUCUUCGCCAACAAACAGGACCUGCCGGGAGCAUUGUCCUCCAAUGCCAUCCGGGAGGCCUUGGAACUAGACAGCAUCAAAAGCCACCACUGGUGCAUCCAGGCCUGCAGUGCCUUCACUGGGGAGAACCUGCUGACGGGGAUCGACUGGCUCCUGGAUGAUAUUUCCAGCCGGAUCUUCACCACGGACUGACCAUGCCCCAGACAUGGCCCCCUCCUUUGUGGGGGGGCUGCAAGAGUAGGGGUGGGGCUGCAUCCCAGCUUUGAACAGAGUUCCCAGGACCAUGUGGGUGUUGUUUCCAUGGACCCUCCCAUCAUGCUUUCCUCCAACAGUCAAUCACCGGGACAGCAACUCCCCUUGGAUUCGGCCUAGAUCCCAGCUGCCCCCUGGAUUGACGCAUGGCUUAGUGCCCCUGGCCUGGGUCUCGUGCAUGCGUUUCAGGGUUUGAGCCUUUAAUGCUGGCAAUCAGUUCGGGGGAAGCUGGGGAAGCAGCGGGACCAGGCCAUUUAUAGUUGUGGGGGCUGAGACCCCAUCACUGGAGCACAAGGCCUGUUGAACUGUGUGUGUGAGUGGGACUGGUAGAGAGGAACUCUUCCCCCCUCCCCCCCAAAAAAAAUGAAAAAACAAACCCACCUCUGUAUCAAACAUUCACAUUUUUCAUCUCCUGCGCUAAUAAAAUCAGUGGCCUAUGUCCUGGCUAUGCCUGGA